AGCAAAUAGUCCGUUCUGCAAGCGGCGGAAGAACACAUCCCAUAUUGACGUGGCCGACUCGCUGGAACUUCCAGCUCGACAAUAACAAAAUAUCGAAGCUGUACUUACCUUUUAGUCCACUAGAGUUGGUUAUCUUAAAGAUUGAAAAUGGUUCUGCUUGCUGCAGCAGUCUGCAACAAGUCAGGCAAAGCAAUUAUAUCUCGACAAUUUGUUGAGAUGUCAAGGUCUCGCAUUGAGGGACUUUUGGCUGCUUUCCCCAAACUGAUGAGCUCUGGGAAACAACAUACCUUUGUAGAAACUGAGAGUGUUAGAUAUGUUUAUCAACCAUUAGAAAAAUUGUACAUGUUGCUCAUAACAACUAAAGCUAGCAACAUCUUGGAGGACUUAGAAACUCUGAGACUUUUUGCAAGAGUUAUUCCAGAAUACUGCAGAAAUUUUGAUGAGCAAGAUAUUGUGGAUCAAGCUUUUCCUUUAAUUUUUGCAUUUGAUGAAAUUGUUGCCCUGGGAUAUAGAGAAAGUGUCAAUCUUGCUCAGAUCAGAACAUUCACUGAAAUGGAGUCACAUGAAGAAGCUGUAUUCAAGUCUGUGAGAGAGACGCAAGAAAAAGAAGCUAAGAUACAGAUGCAGAAGAGGGCCAAGGAGUUACAGGUAGCACGCAGAGAGAACCAGAAAGCAGGGCGAAGUGCAGGAUUUGGGGGAGGAUUUGGAAGUGGUUCCUUUACACAGCGUGAUAAUCCAGUCAUUGAUAGCGUUCCUAUGGAUACGCCUAAACCAUCAUACACAGCAGCCACAAGUAAACCAUCAUCAUCUAGAAAUGCUCUGCGACUUGGAAGUAAGAAGAAGGAUGUGGAUACAUUUGUAGGGCAGUUGGAAUCAGAGGGUGAAAAGGUGGGAGGAACAAAAUCAUCAUUGUCAUCAGCUGUGGCAAAACAGACCACGCCAGUCAAAGACCAAGAGGGUGUUCACAUCGCAAUUGAAGAGAAAAUAUCCCUGACUGCUGGAAGAGAUGGAGGGUUACAGAACAUGGAAGUUCAUGGUUUAGUCAAAGUCAAAGUUAAUGAUGAAACAUAUGGAAAAAUUAAAGUCAAUGUGCAAAACAAUGACAAAAAAGGCAUUCAGUUACAGACACAUCCAAAUGUGGACAAGAAACUCUUCAAUGCUUCCUCAUGCAUUGCUCUAAAGAACCAAGAGAAAUCAUUCCCAUUGAACACAGAUGUUGGAGUUUUAAAAUGGAGGUUUCAGACCCAGGAUGAAGAUAUGAUGCCAUUGCAGAUUAAUUGUUGGCCAAAUGACACUGGAAGUGGAUGUGAUGUAAACAUUGAGUAUGAACUGAAGCAGACAGACUUGGAAUUACAUGAUGUCACCAUUCUUAUCCCCUUACCGUCUGGUGUGGGUGCCCCAGUGGUAGGAGACUGUGAUGGUGAGUACAACUUUGACAGCAGGAAGUCGGUGUUACAGUGGAACCUGGCCGUCAUCGACGCCAACAAUGAGUCGGGAAGCAUGGAGUUCAGCAUCGCUGGCCAUCCGGACGACUUCUUCCCAGUCAACAUCAACUUUAUAUCCAAAAACUCCUACUGUGAUUUACAGAUUACAGAAGUACAAAACUGCAGUGACGACAGUCCAGUGAAGUUUUCAUCAGAAGUAGUGUUUUAUGUGGACAGAUAUGAAAUAGUGUAACACUAUCUCUCAUUUAUAUUUAUUGUGACUGCAUUCAAGUUUGGACCAUGUAAAAAAAAGGACUGGAAGUUAGGGGGGAGAACUCAGUGCAAUGAAUUGGAAUCAUUGGGAUCCACAAUGCCCCUGUCAAAUUUUCAUGUUAGGACCUUACAUUGGUUGCCAUGGGAAUCCUGGUGAGGGACUGUGCAUGUAGACAGCACUGCCCUCACUGGGAGCUGUGAUAUGAUUCCUAGUUAUAUAACAGAAAAUGGGGGUCAAAUCAAAAGCACUGAUGGUCUUAAUUACCAGGUAUAUUAAAAUCUCAUCGGAAAAUGGUGUAUCUUUAAGUUCUAAGUGCUGAUGAUUUCAUUAUGUUUGUAAGGAUCCUUUCUUUUUAUUAUCAUUUAAAUGGGUUGGUUUGUGCUCUUAUUUUAAAGCUAGUGUCACUCCUGGCCCAAGAAUAUAAUUUGUAAAGAAAAGCUCUCGUCAUUUGUUGUCAGAUAGAAACUAUUAUAUUGAUUGUUGAUGCAAACUUUUACUUCUAUGUGACAAAAAAUUCACAUGUAAAUAUCGAGAAAUAAAAUAUUUAUAAAAUGCUAAUGAGA